AUUGCGUCUUCUGCGAGCUAUGGCCAACAAAACUUUGUGCAAUAUUAUCGCUUAUAUUAGCGCCAUAUUAUCGGGCUUGGGAACGAUAUUCCUGGUCUUUUUGUUUGUAGUUGCCGUGGCCCACAAAGAUGAGCCCAUUAGGGAUUCAAAUGGCCACUAUACAGGACAAACCAUUACUGGAACUCACAUUGCCAUGAUGGCCAUUCAGGUGCUUUCCACUGGGGCCAUGUUUGUGGCUUCCGUUUUGCUUAUCAUUGGCAUUAAGAGGGAUCGCCAUUCGUUUAUUGCCCCCUGGGUGAUUGUUGUAGCCAUUUCUGUGGUUCUCAACAUUUUGCAACUGUUCCUGAACACCAACAACCUGGUUUCCAGCAUAGUCGCAAUUGUGAUUCAAAUUGCCAUUUGGUAUCCCAUCUUUAGUUUUUAUCGUGAAUUACGCAAAAAUGGCAACUCACCACCUGCGGCCUAUAAUCCUCAGGCACAGCCCAUGUAUCGCCAAUAAAUUGGUUGAGUGUAUGAGGCAAUGGCUACCAUUCAAAGUGUCCAAGGGGGAAAACAUGAAAAUUGGUCUAAACAUACGAAAAAAAAAAUGUUUAUACCAAAUGCCAUUGAACAACGGAAAUAUAAAGAAAUUAAUCCCGCCAAACUGAAUUCUUUGAAAAACAAAUAAAUUAUUUUUUUUUAUAUAUUUUUUUUACAUUGUUAAUAACAUAAACAAAUUUUGAUAAAAA